GCGGACAUGGACUUCGACUCGUACCAGCACUAUUUCUAUGACUAUGACUGCGGGGAGGAUUUCUACCGCUCCACGGCGCCCAGCGAGGACAUCUGGAAGAAAUUCGAGCUGGUGCCGUCGCCCCCCACGUCGCCGCCCUGGGGCUCCGGUCCCAGCGCCGGGGACCCAGCCCCUGGAAUUGGUCCCCUGGAGCCGUGGCCCGGAGGGGGCGGCGCGGACGAGACGGAAUCUCGGGGCCACUCGAAAGCUUGGGGUAGGAACUACGCCUCCAUCAUCCGCCGUGACUGCAUGUGGAGCGGCUUCUCGGCCCGGGAACGGCUGGAGAGAGCCGUGAGCGACCGGCUCGCUGCUGGCGCACCCCGGGGGAACCCGCCCAAGGCGCCUGCCGCCCCGGACUGCACUCCCAGCCUAGAAGCCGGCAACCCGGCCCCUGCCGCCCCCUGUCAGCUGGGCGAGCCCAAGACCCAGGCCUGCUCGGGGUCCGAGAGCCCAAGCGACUCGGAGGGUGAAGAAAUCGAUGUUGUGACAGUAGAGAAGAGACAGUCUCUGGGUAUACGGAAGCCGGUCACCAUCACAGUGCGAGCAGACCCUCUGGACCCUUGCAUGAAACACUUCCACAUCUCCAUCCAUCAGCAACAGCACAACUACGCUGCCCGUUUUCCUCCAGAAAGCUGCUCACAAGAAGGGGCUCCAGAGAGGGGUCCCCAAGAAGAGGCUCUGGAGAGAGAUGCUUCAGAGGAAAAGGAAGAUGAUGAGGAUGAAGAGAUAGUGAGUCCCCUGCCUAUAGAAAAUGAGGCUCCCCAGUCCUGCCACUCUAAACCUGUCAGUUCUGAUACUGAGGAUGUGACCAAGAGGAAGAACCACAACUUCCUGGAACGCAAAAGGCGGAAUGACCUCCGUUCACGGUUCUUGGCACUGAGGGACCAGGUACCCACCCUAGCCAGCUGCUCUAAGGCCCCCAAAGUUGUGAUCCUAAGCAAGGCCUUGGAAUACUUGCAAGCCCUGGUGGGGGCCGAGAAGAGGAUGGCUACAGAGAAAAGGCAGCUCCGAUGCCGGCAACAGCAACUGCAGAAAAGAAUUGCGUACCUCAGUGGCUACUAACUGACCAAAAAGCCUGACUGUUCUGUCUUACAAAGACACAAGUUUAUUUUUUAACCUCCCUCUCUCCUUUAGUAAUUUGCACAUUUUGGUUACGGUGGGACAGUCUGGACAGUAGAUCCCAGAAUGCAUUGCAGCCAGUGUACACACAGUAAGGGCUUGCAUUCUUGGAAACCUUGAAACCCAGCUCUCCCUCUUCCCUGACUCAUGGCGCCUUUGGCUUCCCAGCAGGCAGCUGACUGAGGAGCUUGGAGUCGCCUAGCUCACUAGCUCCGAAGAAAAGGCUGACAGAUGCUAUGCAACAGGUGGUGGACGUUGUCAGGGGGCUCCGGCCUGCCUGAAAUCUCACACUUUGCGUGAGCUUUUGGGUAGAAAGGGAUGCUCUGCCUGGGUGUCCCUGGGGGUGAUUCAAGGACAGCUGAGCCUGGAUGCUCUCCCUGAGGCUCCUUUUUCCAGGAGACACAUGAGCUGUUUCGGGUGAAGACAAGCUCACGGACUUGAUCAACAUAGACCCUUACCUCACUGUCAGACACUUUACAAUAGCUGAGGAGUUGGAAACCUUUAAUAUAUAUAUAUAUAGUGAUGUUAGAGGAUACCCCUCCUUCCACGCUCAAUGCUGUGACCUUGAGAAUGUUUAAAGAGCUUGGCCUCUAGAUUCCUUGUCACAGAGCCCUUUGGGCCUCUUUUCUGAGGGAGGGACAUUUCUGUCCUCAUAAGGGACUUUUUUUUUGUUUCAUUCUGCCUUUGUUAUGCAAUAGGCUCUACACCACCCUUUCUCGCAGACACAGGGAAAUGGAUCUUAGCCUGGGGCCUAGGGAAGGCUAGGAGUCCUGGCAGUGAACUUGUUCCCUGCCCAGGUGUUUUCCAAGGGGUACUUGAGGCCAUCUUGGAAUCUUUUCCCAAGGCAGGUAUAAGGCACCUCAGGAGGGAGAAAUAUAUCACUUCCUCUUUCCCACCUGCCUGUCAUCUCAAUCCUUGACUGAUAAGUUUGAAAUUCUACUGGAACCGUGCAAACCUGUCCUCCUGCAACUCAAAGGAGAUUGCUGGCUCUGCAGCCACCCUUCAGCCCCCACCAACCUGCCAUGAAUUAGAUCCCUUUUCCAGAAUCUGGGCCUUACUGAAGUUCUGGGGAGAGCCAUUGGGACUCAUCCAGUGCUCCAGAAGGUGGACUUGCUUCCUGGUGGGUUUUAAAGGAGCCUCUAGAAGCUCUGCUUAGCCAACCAUGAUAAAUUUUGCCCCAGCUGGACUCUGCAGCUCCAAGUGGAAUCCAGGGGCAGCCUCCAAUCCAAGAAAGUCACCCAACCCUGCAGGCAUCAUAUGGUCAACCUAAGCCUGGCCUGGAAGAAGGAUCAGCCCCUCCAGAACUCUGCCUGGACAGCUCUGGGUUUGGAAGUGGGGAAGGGGCAAUGGUAAGCACUAUAUGUGGCUUUGGAAAACCAGCUGCUACUUCCAAAUCUAUUGUCCAUAAUAGUUUCUUUCUAAGGUUGCUUCCUGGCCUCAGAGAAUCCCAGUGGAAGUUUGGAAAUAGCUUUUCUACUUUCUGGAACAUGAUUUUCAGGAGCCAACUGACUUCUGGAACUGUCUUUGGAGGACAGGUGGGAUGUAGUUUACUGAUGCCUCACCUGAAAAGCUGAAAAGCUUGUGUUUUAUAAGCUGCUGUUGGGUAUUAUGCUGGGGGGAGUCUUUUUUUUUUUUUUUUUUAAUACUGUAUUUUUGUAUGCCUUUUGCAGAGUGGUGUUAACUGUUUUUGUAUAAGAAAAAAAACUCUUGGGCAAUUCUCCUGUUGCAAGGAUCUGAUUUAUUUUGAAAGGCAAGUUUACCUGAAAUUUUGUAUUUAGUUGUGAUUAUUGAUUGUCCGAUUUUAAAAUGUUGCCUUCUGGGACAUCUUCUAAUAAAAGAUAUCUCAAACAUGUCAA